GCCGAUCCAUCUGCCGAUCCAUCUGCCGAUCCAUCUGCCGAUCCAUCUGCCGGUCCAUCUGCCAACUCGUUCGUCCCUCGGCCCCCGCGAUCCGCGAUCCCUUUGUAAAGGUGCUUGUCGAGGACAAGUCGAACCGGAGCUGCUCCAACUGCCAUUCGCCUUCCAAACGGCUCUGUCUCUCGCUCGUACCGGCGCCAACCAAGACCAUCCCAGACUCUUCCUCUUUGGCAACCAAAGCGGGAUACAUCGGCUGAAUGAUGAAGGCACUCUUACAACAAGGCUCGGCUGCCAUCCGCCGCAUCAGGGCCGCCCCGCCCCAUAUGCAGAUGCCAGCGUGCUCCUCGAGUGGACCCAAAAUCCUCGCCCCGCUUUCAGGCGGACAACUGCAACGAUGGAGCCAGCCAGUCGUGGGCUUGACUCCCGCCUGGCUGUCACGCCGAUAUAAUGCGGCCUUCUCAAUCAAAGAGCUCUACGACAACAUCGACCGGAGAAACACCAAGGCAAAGAAAAAAGCCGGCGUGCGCGAUAUCAUCAGCGAGGAGGCAUAUGUCCCCGCGGCUCCGGGAUUCACGUCGCCGACGCCUCAGCUCCACAAAGCCAACGCCUUCUGCACCGCCGAGAACUACCACUUUUCCAACCUACUCCCCAUCCUGCAGAAAAAGUACAUUCUGCAUCCCUAUAUCGCCGAUGAUGUCUACCACAUCCAGCUGCCCGAGCCCGGUGUAUCUCCUGGUUCCUCCGAGGGUGCACCACGACAGCCAAGUGCUGCUGAGGCCUUCAUCUUCAACAGCGGGACGGUCGUCACCUGGGGAGCCACGGAGGCCCAAAACGAAGCCCUGCUCGAGGAUCUCAAGGCCGUCGAAGUGAAUCGAUACAAGAGCCCCGAGACAGAGUGGUUCGAUUAUCUCCACGAUCCUUCGGUCGCAGGCGGGCUGGUAUCAGACACCAUAGUUCUCGGCAGCAGGCUGCCCACCCACCAGGCAAUGCUAGCGUAUUCAUCGGGUCUCGUCCGGAGUGUCAAGCUUGCCGCCUUCGAGGAGCUUCUCGACAACCAUCUCUACAACAACCGACAAAUCCCGCAGUACCUGCUGCUGGGCAAGAAGCUCCCCGUCGGCCGAGCCGCCAUGUUGCGCAAUCUCGGCCAGCUCUUUAGCCUGCGCGGACACGUCAACCUGCACUCGGAGCUACUGGACUCGCCCGACUUUUGCUGGAGCAACGACCGCAUGGAGGAGGCCUUCUCGGCCAUUUCCAAGAACCUGGAUGUGACAGCCCGGAUCUCGGUCUUCAACAAGAAGCUCGACUACGCCAACGAGCUCGGCGAGGUGUUGCGGAACCACCUGCACGAACAGCACUCGCUCAAGCUGGAGUGGUGCAUCAUCAUUCUGAUUUCGAUCGAGAUUCUCUUCACCAUGAUCCACUACAUGGAGCGUUUUGGUAUCCUGGACAUCGAAGGCAUGGCGGAGAAGUGGAAGGCGCGCCACCGCUCCAUCGACGAGGCCGAGGUCCAGUCGAUGGAAGACACCAUGGUCGAGUCGACCAUGACGGACGGCAUAACCCUUUACGCCGACAAAAAGCACGGUCCCUCAAAUAGCAUCUCUGUGUAG